UAUAGAGAUUGUUGGUUGAGCAGAGCAUUGGGCCAUGGGGGUCCUGACUCCAGACCGAACAUCUUAAACAUAACCGGCCCGGUUUAAUCACAGGUUAAUAUUCCAAUUUCAAAUUAACUGUGAAAAAACAUAAAUUGCAGAUUUGCUCCAGGCUUCGUCAUCUUCAACGAGAUCUCUCCAACACGUCAACCUCCAGUCGAUUCACCUAGAGACAUCAUGGGAUUCUGGACACUAAUGGAAGGGUUGCUGCUAUUUGCAAACGCACUAGCUAUCCUCAACGAAGACCGUUUCCUAGCUCCAAAAGGAUGGACACUCGCGGAGCUACACCAAACCGGCAAAAGAAACUCUCUCAAAGGCCAAAUCGUUGGUCUCAUCCACGCUUGCCAGUACAUGAGGCUCCCCCUCAUGCUCUUUAACUUAAUUGUCAUCGUCGUUAAGCUUUUCUCCGGUUAAACACACACAAGUCAGAACAAGCACUUUGUUGUUUAUGCCUCGAUAAAAAUUUAAAUCAAAAGUUUGCGUUGUAUACAUUA